AUGAGUCAACAAGGGGAUUUUAAAAAUGAUGUUACUACACAAAAUGAUGAAGAAUUAAAUAUAAUUAAGGAUUACUUGGAUGAGUUAUAUUAUGCCACGCAAAAUUUAUAUAAUAAAAAUUAUUAUGACACAUUAUUGAACUAUAAAAAACUAGGAACAUCCAAACAGUCCAAUGUUUUAAAAUGUUUAACAACAAAAGAAACAGGAAAAGACAAAAUUAAAAAAUCCCAUUUUGAUCAUAAGGAAAAAUUAAACAAUUCUAAUUAUUCAUAUUAUUCUGAUCAAGACCAUAAUUCUUCUCAAUCUCAUCAUUCAUAUAACUCAAAUAAUACAUCCAACUAUGAAAAUUCUUUUCUUUGUCAAUUCAAAACGAAAAAACAUCGACAAAAAGAUAUACAAAAUAAAACAAAUGAAACAAAAAAUAUAUUAUUUUCAUUUAAUACAGCUGAUGAAUUUUCCAAAAAAAAAAAAAUACACAAAGAUCAAAAAAAAGAAAUUCUAUAUUUUAAUACAAAAGAAAAAAAUAUUUUUCAUAAACAUAAAAAUGGAAAACAAAAAAAUAAAAGUUUAAUUACAAACAAUAAUACAAAAGAAUUGUCAAAUCAUAAGAUUCAUAAUUUUAAAACAAAACUAAAAGAAAAACAAUAUAAUAAUAUACAUAAUUAUAAAAAUCAAAAAGAAACAAUCAAAAUAAUACCUCAAAAUUAUAAUAAUAUAUUAUAUUCUCAAAAUAUCGAAAAUGUAAAAAAUGACCUGAACAAGUCAUACACUUUCGAAAAUAUUAUACAAAUGAACAAUUAUAAAAUAAAAGAUUUAAAAGAUAAAGAAGACAAUAUAAAAUUUACAAACGAUAAAGAAAAAGAAUUGUUUCAAUAUCUAAUAUUAAAAGCUAUAAACGAAAUCGAUCAAAUCAGUUGUAAAUUAGAUCAAAAAUAUAAAAAUCAAUUAAUAAAUAAAGUAAAUUCUUUACAAGAAAAAUAUGAACACAAAAUAAAAGACUUAUACAAAAUUAAACUUUCGCUAGAUAUACAAAAUGAAGAACUUCUAAAAAAGGAUAAAGAUAAUAAAGAAUUAAUAAAAAAACUAGAAAGUACAAAACAUAUAAUGUUAGAUCAAAUAGAAAAUUUUAAAAAAUAUAAUCAUAUCAUAUAUAAUAAAUUUUCACAAAAAGACAUGUAUCAAAAUGAAACAAACGACACCAUUGAAAAUUUAAAAUUAGAACAAAAAAUUAAUACUCUUAAUGAAGAUCUAAAUAAUAAUUAUCAAAAAUAUGAUUAUUAUUAUAAGAAGUCGGAUACUAACCAACAACUUCUACAACAAAAGGAAGACCAAAUUGAAAAAUUGAAAAACCAAUUAAAUAUACAUUUUAAUUCAAAAAAGGAAAUACAAGAAAAGUUAAAUAAUAUAUACACUGAAAAUAAUAGGGUCGAAAGAGAUAAUGAUUAUCUGAAGAAUGAAUUAACCAAGACAAAAUUAAAUCUGGAAAAAUUAAAAGAUGAAUAUGAAGAACUAUAUAAUAAUAAGGAAUAUGUCAUUUCGUGUUAUAAAAAUGAAGAAAAAAUAGUGAAAGAAAAUUUGGAACGAUAUAAAACAAAAUGCGUCAUAUUGGAAAAUCAAAAGGAUUGCCACAUAUUAGAAGAUAAAUACAAACAACUGGAAAUUAAACUAAAAGACACGGAAAAUGAAAAAUAUAUGUAUGAGCGAACCUGCUUGAUGAACGAGAAAAAACAAAAUGAUAUGGCUACAGAAAUAAAGGACUUAAAAAAUGAAUUGUUCGAUUGCAAGAAUAGAUUAUAUAAAAUGCGUAAAUCAGACGUUUCAGAUGUGAAAACAACAUUAUAUAGUCAAGAUAUAUUACGAGAUAAAAUAAAAGAUAAUGAAAAGGAUAAAGAAACAUUUCAAUUUAAUUAUAAUAUACAAAGCGAUCAAAAAAUGGAACACGAGGAAAUAUCAGACGAUUUUCUAAACUUUAAACAAAAAAUAAGUUCCAUAGAGAAACAACUGAUUUUAUUAAAACUUGAGAAAGCAAAUAAAGAAUCAGAGCUUAUAAGGUGUCCUAAGAAUGGAAGAAGAAACGAAGAAAUUAAAAAAAAGGAAUUCAUAGAAACAAAAUUAAAAUAUCUCGAAGAUAAAAUAAAUAUUCUUAAUAAAAAUUUAAAAUAUAUUAAAUUAAAAAAUAAUGAAAAGAAUAAUAUUUAA